UUCACCAUGCCUCGUGGUAAGAAGCUCCUCACUCCUCGGCGAAUUGGGACACUUUUGUUCCCCAGUGACAGUUCUAAUACAGAUGGAAGUGCCAGUGAAGAUGAGUUUCAGUGUUUUGGUGAGGUUGUGACCGAAACUAAUGACCAUAAUAUCGGUAACAGUGAGGAAAACCCAGACGAUCCUCAGCCUUCCACCUCUGCUGCUGGGCCGUCUUGUUCACGUUCAGUUGUACCAGAAUCAAAGAGGAAACUCCUAUUUUCCCAAAUCCCAGAGUCAGAUGUGAGCAUUGGUGAUGAUAGUGAUAGUGAAUAUGAACUACAAGCUCUUGAAAACAGUUCCAGUAGUGAUAGUGAAAUGGAAUAUUCUCCAGUGAAGCGUCAGUAUAUACAACGAUAUAUGCGCUCUGGUAGUGUGCCAUAUGCUAUUCCAAGGGGAAAGAGUACAUCUCGGAGUACAUCCCGUGGCUGUACAACAGGAACAGACAGUGAAAAUGAAGAUGAUAGUGUUGCAAUUGGGAUGAAAAAUGUGCAUGUUGGUGGUAGUGGUGGUGCCGGCUGUGAGGAACCAGCAGUGGGCCGUGCUGCCACCUACACCGCUGCCUCAGCUGAUCUACAAUAAAGGCCACCAUCCCCCACCCACCCACCACACUAGCCUCCACAACCACAACCUCCAAAACCACAACCACCUGUCAAUGUCCAGUACCCACCAGCAGACCGCACCUGGGAUUGGCAGGAAGCUGUCAAUUUUGUUCCAAAUCCCCACCAGUUUGAUGAAAGCCAAAGUGGAAUAUGGCCAUGUUGUACACUGGGGAACAAUGCCACUGAACUGGAAUGCUUCGAGUUAUUCUUUGACGAACCCCUGAUGGAAAUUAUUGUCAGGGAAAGCAACAGAUACUACGAGUACACCAUGGCAAACACAAUACUGCUUUCACCAAAAUCACGUGUGUGAUGAGUGUAAAAUACCACUGUGCAUGACACCAUGUUUCAAAGACUUCCACAGGCUGCAGAACUUCUAGAAACAUUCCCUGUGACUGUAUAUGUGUAUAUAAAAUAUAGAAAAAUAGUAAUAAACAACAUUUCAUAUUGUUUGUGUAAAUAUUUUUUGUAAACAAAGCAGUGACAACAGUGUUUAUGCAGUUAUUGUGUAGUAAAUAAAGAGAAAAAUAGUGCUCAUAUUGGUCUCACAGGCCAUAAAAGGUACUUGGAAAAAAAAAAUAAAAAAAUAAUAGAAAAUAGUACCUAAAAAAAUAAAGUAAUACCUGGUGACCAGCAGUCGGCAAUGUUACCGUAUGCAGGUCAUUUUCUGUCAACUUCACGCCUCCAUAUCUCGGCGAGGUUUUAAUGUAUCAGCACAGCUUGAAGAGGCUUUGAAGAAAUCCAACAUCACCAAAGUUGAUGGUGUUACACCCUUUGACCAAACGUUCUUCCCUAAGGGAAUUAUGCUGAAGAAAGGC